AUGGCCCUGGAAGCUGCGGCUUUCCCUCAAGGCCUCUUUGGCUAUGCUUUCGAUGAGUGGUGUGCCACCGCCGCCGGAGGAGGAGGAGGAGGAGGAGGAGGAGCAUGGGGCAGUGGCUUGGGAGGACUGCUUGAGGCCGAGAAAAGAAUGGGCGGUGGCGGGGAUGGGACUUGGGAUCCCUCCUCCUGCUCCUCCUCCUUGGCACAACAUCUGCAGGAGUGGAAGGCGAAUUCCCCGUCGACGAAGGUGGGCGGCCGGAGGAAGAGGCGGCGGGCGAAGAGCGUCAAGAACAAAGAGGAGGUGGAGAACCAGAGGAUGACCCACAUCGCCGUGGAGCGCAACCGCCGCAGGCAAAUGAACGAGUACCUGGCCGUGCUCCGCUCUCUCAUGCCCUCUUCCUUCGUCCAAAGGGGUGAUCAAGCAUCGAUUGUCGGCGGCGCAAUAAACUACGUCAAAGAACUCGAGCAGCUCCUUCGAUCACUGGAACUGCGGAAGCGGCUCGAGCAACGAGCGGGUGCAGCCGGCGUCGCCUCCGCCUUUGCCGACUGCUUUAGCUUCCCCCAGUACGCCUCCUACUCAGCCAAUGGGGGCGCCACCGACAGCAGCAGCAGCAACAACGACAAGAAGAAUCACGGCGUCACCGGCGCUGACACUGCCUUUGGGAACAACGGCGAGGUCGAGAACCGAGCAGCCACCGCGAACAUCGAGGUGACGGUGGUCGAGAGCCAUGCGAGCCUGAAGGUGCUCUCGAGGCGGCGGCCGAAGCAGCUGGUGAAGCUGGUGGUGGGGCUGCAGAGCCUGCGGCUGAUGCCGCUGCACCUCAACGUCACCUCCCUCGAUCAGAUGGUCUUGUACGCCUGCAGUCUCAAGGUGGAAGAUGAUUGCCAACAUACAUCAGUGGAUGAGAUAGCAACAGCAGUCCAUCAGAUGUUGUGCAGGAUCGAAGAGGAGGAGACAUACCUUAAGACGACUCCAUUUGCUUGCCACCAAAUAGGAGCCUCUCAUAUGAUUUAGAAUCUUGUAUUUGUAGGACAGAGCUGUUGAUCUCAGUUACUUGGGACUUCUGCAUUUGAUGAUGAUAACCUGAGUGCUUUGCUGAUCUGCUUGGCAAAAAAUUAUCAACAUAAGAAUAAACCGAAUACAUGGAAGUCUUUGGAUUA